GAUUAGAUGAGAUGAUAAUUGCUUGACAAAAACAAGCCUAACUUCAAGCACUUUCAUCAGUUGUUGUUAUCAUUGUGUUCAUCAGUUUCGCUGAAUGUUGUUUUACGUGUAGAUUAGAAACUUGAAAGGUAUCAUGGUCAAAAUAGCAGGGUGACAUACUACUACAAGAGUAUGGGAAAUAUGACUGUUUAUAUGCUGUAAAAAGCAAGGCCUAUAAAAACAGAAACGCCAAACAAGUUGCGUUGGAUAGAAUCCGAAUGACUUUAGAACCAACUAUGCCUUUAAGCCAGUGUACCCUCCAAUAGAAGUUCUUCAUUCAGCAUCUGGAGCACACACAUUCCUGGGUCACUUCGCUUUUUUCGUGAGGAUGGGAAGCUACACCGCAGAUCUUUGUGGAUCGCUCCAUUUUCUGCAAUUUUCUAUUCGUUCAAAGUGAUAAGGUAGCAAGCCGCAAUGAAAAGUGUGAAAAUCGACUCGUACAAAAUUAACAUUCAGCAUCGCUUUCAUGUUGCUUUCAUCUGAAGAUGAAUCAUCCAACUUAAGGCUUCCGCUGCAUUCUGAACUUGAACUGGAGGGGGAAGCCCACGGUGGUGUCUUGCUUCACGGCGGACCAUCUUGCCCAGAGGAACAUGGAGUUCAAGCAUAUGCCCAUCCAGAAUCAUGCAAUCUCUUUUUCCUUUGUACCAAUGGUACACUGACAGUUGAGACGUGCGAAAAUGGAUUAUUGUUCGAUGGAAAAGGUGCUGUUCACAACCACUGCAACUACCAUUGGGCCGUGGAUUGUGGACAUAGGAAAGCCGAUCUAACACCAAUCAGCACACCUGGAUGCGAGCACCAGUUUGGAAUAUAUCCAGAUGGUCACGAAUGUUCAACGCACUACAUCAAAUGCGCAUAUGGCGAACCUAUUCCGCAUGAGUGUGAACCAGGUUUAGUUUACGAUGAGCGCAUCCACGGUUGCAACUGGCCGGACUUACUGUUGGAGAAAUGUAAUCCAGAAGCUGUUGUCGGCUUCAAGUGCCCAACCAAGGUUCCUGCUCACAGUCUGGCGGCCCGUUUCUGGCCUUACCCCCGUUUCGCAGUUCCUGGGGACUGCCACAGACUGAUCACCUGCGUGAAUGGCCACCCCCGUCUCAUCUCUUGUGGAGAAGGAAAGGUCUUGGACGAAUCAACACUUACCUGUGAGGAAUCCGAAUAUGUACCACAUUGCGCCAAUAGAAUUUAAGAAAAAUUCUUGCAUGGAGUCGCAAAGUGCAGAAAAAAUACAAAAUCAAAUGUUUUCACAGAGGUGAUAUGAUAUUAUUGGUAUACAGGUUUUGCUGGCGUGUAAUUUAGCCCACAUCUACCAUCAGCAAAAAAAUUCCAUAGUAUUUUCCAGAAUUUUGUAAUGUGCUUCAAGAAGUAGGAUCAGAUCAACGAUUGUAACUUUUAAAACUUAUCAUAAUUGUGUUUUUCUGAUUUCUAAGCUUUGAAAAAUGGUGUGUUGGCAGUCAUACUGUCAGUAAAUAUCUUCUAUAUCAGCAUCUGUGGCUUCAGUUAUUUGCUGUCAUAGCGGGAAUAUGAAAUAAAAUCAAUUUGUGAUUUGAGCUAUAGGUCUUUUCACGAUUUUUGGCGGAUCACGUUAGCACCAUACUAAUUACUUUCAUAUACGAGUAUCCAUCUCUCUCACACAUACAUGUACAUUCGGCCCCUAUGCGCGUACGUUUUUUAGCUUGGUGUCACCGCCAACGUAUGUAUCUUCCACAUUUAUCCUUGCCUCUGUCAAUAUGACAACUUGCUUGUCAAGAGCGUAUGACUUGUGUUUACCCAUGUUGAUCUUGGAUAUAAAACAUAGUAGUAUCUGAAGAUAGCUAUAAUGUCGACAGACUGUCUGUAUUAUAAAUAUUUUCAGAAAGUGAGUGAAGUUCUGUGUGAGUGCAAGAGCGAGUAUGAGCUGCGUCCUAGAUCAAUUUAAUUAUUUUUUAUAACAUUGUGAUGCACCCGGACCCGCCAAAAACCGUAAAAAGAACUAUAUUGGUUUUCAUCGGUCAGCAGUAUUGCAACUUCAAUAUAUUAACAAACUAUGUCUCGAUUACGACUUUGCGAAUCUAAACCUAAGUAAAUUGCAAGAAACAACUCGUCAAAAUGUGAACUGCUGAUGUAGUUUAAUCAUCCCCAUUUCUAAUUUGUGCUACCUGUUUAGGCAACGUGGAUGUUUUCCUGUAUGGGUGUUGACAAAUUAUAUAUACGGUUUUCACAAUUUAUUAAAAAUUACGUUUGUGCUCGUUAAUAUGUCAAUGUCAAAAGCUUGCGUUUGCGUAUAAUUUUGGCCAAAAUGAAUAAUAUUUUCCUCUGUUCUACAUCCUCCAUAGUAUUUGGAAUUUCCCUCGAUGUACUUCAUUGAAAAAGUAUUCAUUUUGUUCACAUUAGAUAGCUUCCAAAUAAAGCAUGAUUGACAUAUUACAACCGAGGAUGAUAGUCAAAUUAAUAGUAAAAUAAAUCUUGGGAUUUCAUUUUCAAAUUCCUAUUUUUAUUGUUUGAUGUAAUGUGCAAUUGUAAAUGCGUACCUGUAUUUGCGACUUGGAUUUAAUCGACAUUUGAAUAAUAUAUCCUAUUUUCUUAGUUCCUCAUUAUUGCUAUGGUUCAUUCAUAAACACAUUCUUUGGUAGAUCAUAUUUUUCACGUACCUUCUGCGUACGUACUCUUUUCCAUACAUUUUUAGUUAAAUUGUAAAAAUGAUCUUGUUGUACUAAAUGUAUAAAUCUUUUGUAAAUAUCUUCAAGAAAUACACAUUUUGUUACAUUUCAAUUUGUAUUACUAUUGAUUUUAUACA